GUUGUUGUUGUUUUUAUUGUUGUAAAAGGUGUCGGUCCACUAUGUUCAGUAUAAAGCUGUUUAGUUAUUGCAAAUUUUCCAGCCAGAAAAGGCAUUUGCAAGUAAAUUUAUUUUUAUUUGCUGUAGCUGAAAUAUUAUCCACGUAAGAUUGGUGGCAAAGGCCAUUUGCUAACUUCUCACAACUGUCUACGAGUAAGUAUUGAAAAAAACCUACCAAUGAAAAUGUCAGGAAGUGAUAUAAUAAAACUGAAUGUUGGUGGUAAAGUUCACACCACCACCAAGUCAACACUGUGCAAGUUUCCGAACUCAAUGCUGGGAGCAAUGUUCAACGGAAGUAUGUCUCCCAGCUUAGACGAGAAUGGAUGUUACUUCAUAGACCGAGAUGGUGAGCUGUUCAAGUUCAUUCUGAACUUCUUGAGGUCUUCAAAGCUGUCUUUACCAGAAUCGUUCAAGGAGUUAGACCAAUUAGCUCUAGAAGCCGAUUUUUACCAGAUUACUCCUUUGAUAGAAUGUAUAGAAUUGUUGAAACAACCAUCACCUGAAAAACAAGUAAGAGUUCGCUAUCUAGAGGUGAUUGAGGUAAGAACGGGAAAUCUUGCAACAAUGCCUACGAUGAAUUCAAGAAUCAAAACCAUUAUUUCAGGAAGGAGAGAUGUGAUUCAUAAAUUCCUGUCCCUUCAUCAAAUACAUCCUGCAGAGAGGGAACGCCUUCAGCUGAACUCAGGAAAAGAUUACACAGAAAUAGCUCUUACUGGAAGCAACGUCAGAUUGCAGGUUGGUGAGUGUUUGCGCAAUCAGGGCUGGUCACUCUCUGAAUCACAAAUGUCCACAUUCCCGUCAGGGGAAGCAAUUGUUCACAACUACAAGGACAGAUGGAUGCUGACUGUGUACAAGGAAGACUCACUGGAAGAGAGCCAGUGUAAUUCUGUCGAUGACGAGCUCAUUGAUGAAAUCUCACUAUUGAGCAGUGGUGAUGAAUAAUGAAAUGCUUGUCUCAAACAUAUAAGCAUUUAAAAAAAAACUUUGCUUGCUUUGCAACACAGUGGUUUAGGAUUUAGUAUCAAACAUACUUAAGAGGUUGUAUAUGAAAUUAAUGUCUUAUUUAAUUGCUUUUAAAAUGUUUUACAAUAAUAUAAUAUUUGUUAUACAUUCAUGAUUAUAUUAUACUAGUGUGUUUUACAUAUUUUUUUGCAUUAACUAAAUAUAUUUGUGUAAACUGUAAAAUUAAAAGGAAUAUUGAAACCAAACUAUAACAUGGGUAUAUGAUGUGAAGUUGCUGAGUAAUUUCUUAAUUCACUUUUCUAUGUGAAGUGUUUUUACAUUUACAUGUAGUUCAGUUUGAUUUAUUUUGUUCAUUUUUUAGCCCCGCAUAAAAGCAAGUUAUGUUAAGAUUGAAAAUGUUAUAGAAUAAAUGCCACAUAGGUUGUCAUAUAAUUGCAAUGGUGUAAAAAUGAAUCUUACCAUUUAAGGUUUUGGUUGUAAUGUCUGUCAUGUUUUAAUUAUAUCAAUCAUUAGUCAUUGUUAUCCCCCACUCCCUCCAAAAACGAAAAUUGGAUAUAUCAUGGAUUCUCAAUUGAUAUUUGUCCAUAGACAUAAACUUAAAUAUUAAUUCCUUCAAUUUUGUAUCUGAUCAAACUAUUCCUUUUUCGACUAAAAAUUUAAUCUGCCUUGAUAUUUAAACUUGAAGAGAGAUAUAGUCAUUACUGAAAUGUACAGACUUUUUGAUUGUUAAUUAUGAGAAUCAAAUGUUGAUGAACAACUAAAUAGAUCAUAUUAUAAAAAUUAACCAAAAGCCUAAUGAUACUUUUGCAGUGAGGAGUAUGGAGGAGUCGUCACUGUUUGUUGGCCAGUCUCUUGUCAAAUAUUUCCAUUACAUUGACACUUUAAAUGAGUCGCGUUCUGAGAAAACUGGGCAUAAUGCAUGUGCGUAAAGUGUCGUCCCAGAUUAGCCUGUGCAGUCUGCACAGGCUAAUCAGGGACAACACUUUCUGCCUAAAUUGGUUUUUUCAUUUGAAGAGACUUCAUUUAAACGAAAAUUGUCAUUAAAGCGAAGUGUCGUCCCUGAUUAGCCUGUGCGGACUGCACAGGUUAAUCUGGGAAGACACUUUACUCACAUGCAUUAUGCCCAGUUUUUUUCAGACCACAGCUCAAAUAUGUAACAAUCAUGAAGUGAAGAUGUGCAAGACAUAAUGAGUAGGCAAAGUCAUUCACUUUUUUCCUGAGUUAAGUGCCAAUGAAGGGCAAAGCUAUUUUGCUUCUGACUAAACAGUGUGGGGAUAUUUUUUUGUGACAAGGUCAUGGACUCAAUUAUUUGUCCUAAAUCUCUGUACAUUUUAUGCCUUUGAUAAAUGUUUACUGAGAUAAAACCUUUUAGUUUGUUCCUCUGUUAUUUCAAAGACGAAAAGUGUAUGUGAAAAUAUUAUGUUUAUAAACUGUUUUGUUGCAA